UUCACAUGUCUCCCGCGGGGCUCCCUGGCUCCCUCCUCCAUGGACCUUCCGGAGUGAGGCGGCCCUGGAGCGGGAGGCGAGGGAGGCUCUUCCAACAGCCGCAGGAAACGCCCGUGUGUGGCCGAGAUCAACACGAGUGGGGCACGGAGGGCCCGCACCGAGCAGCUCGCACCGCAGCGCCUCGGGGCUGGCGCCGUGCCUGACCCCGGACCCCAGCAGGGGCGGUGAGCCCGCGUCCCGCUGCCCCCGCCAUGGAGCCGGGGACCGCGGCAGUAGAGAUCAGAGAUGGAAGAGAAAAUCAAAUUUGGUAUUUGAAAAUAUCAAAACUAGCAUUGGCUUUUGCAAUUAUCCACUCAAAACCACCAGGGAAGAGUUCCAAAGAAUACACUGAGCACCUUGCCAAAACUGUAUCUGAGCAAGAUUUUGGAUGGAAGUGGAAAGUUGAAGUGCUGGAAGCUGAAGUUCUUCGAUUACGACAAGAACUUAUUUUGAACCGGAUCUGUCCAAGAUUCCGCUUGGAAAAUAGAAAACCAGAUACGUCUGCUGAAGCUCUUCUGAAUCGGGAAUCUAUAAACCCUGCGAGUUACUCAAGCCAACUAGAAGACUCUGGAUGUGAUGUCUCUAAUGACUCUGCAUUUGAUUCUUUAGGCAUAGCUUCAGAUUUUCACCAAUCUGAGCAAAAUGUCAAAGUUCCCCCAUUGAACCUUUGCCAUGCUAGCAAGGAGCAAUCUCUGACUGCUCCAGUGCAGUUUUUGCAACAUUUGCUUGAAAUAAGAAAACUGUCAGAAGGAGGGAUCCUACAAGCAGACUUCUCAGAGCUUGAGAAUGAUUCUUUCACUAUAUGCAAUUCAGUGUCUCAGUUACUUGAUGGACUGACUGUUUUUUACAACAAUCCUAAAUUUCCAGUUUCGAAUUGUCUUACCGAAGCAGUUUGUGUUUUGGUCAGUUUAAUAACUGAUACUAAACUAUCUAAUCAUGUUUUAAAGAAGUGUUUCAAGAAGCUGGAAGAAUUUAAGAAAAAUCUAAUUCAAAUUAUUUUAAGAAGCAGCAGUAUCAAUAGGUUUCAGGCACUGCAUUCUGUAUCACAAACACUGGUUUUGCUAGGAAAGAACAACGUCUUAAGAAAUUCUUUAAUAUCACUUCUACUCUCAGAAGUACGUCAGUUUGCUGAGCAGCUGUUGCAGGCCCACCAGGUCCAUUCUGCAUAUGACAUUACCCAGUAUGAGAAUGUUUUUCCUUUGUGCAUGAUUCUGGAACAACUUCUUCAAAAUGAGACAGAAGAAAGUAAUGUUUCUAGCUCAGACUAUGAAGGAGAAGAAAAAAUCAAAUUUCUGAAGAACCUUGAUCAAAUUAUUCUUCACCUCUCAGAGGAAUUCCCUCUGUUUUCUUUAUAUUUAUGGAGAGUGAGUGUUCUUUUGAACUCAGCUCAAAUGCAAAUUGAUUAAAACAAGCAGCCUACUUUUUAACAGUGCAUUUGUUUUGGGAGUAUACAUUGGAAGGUUUUCAAGCCAAACAGGAAAACUGUUGUUAUUGGAAAACAUUUACUUUAAACUACUAUUCUAUACAGAAGUUUCAGAGAUAAUGUAAUUUAUUUCCAAUCUUAAAUAUAGAGAAAAAUGUAAUAAUCCAGGUGCCAUUUUGAAUAAAUGCUGUUUCUUGUAAUAGAAAACAAUAUGUUGGUUUUUCUGUACACAGAGAAAGUGGAGCAAAGAAAGUUGUUUCAGGUGCUGUUUAAAAUAAACACUAUAAUUUUAAAGUCAAGUCAUAAAAUGUGUGUAAAGAUUCCAAGUUAGGAAACCCUUGCCUGUCCUUAAAGAGUUGUAUAGGUUCUGUGUAAUUUAGAUACAGUGUCUGGUUGGCAGAAAUAGAAAUGUUUAUUUUUAAACUUGGUAGCUCAUCAUUACAAAUACUUACAGCACAGCCUUUGUUACCAGUUUAAUCAAAACAGUCAUUACCUGAGCAAAAUAAAAUCCGGUGCUCAGUUUUACAACUCUCUUACACUCGUAUACUGUUUGGCUUUCCUUGUGUAUGCACAAGUGUGGGCACAGUAGGCUUAAUUCAUUCUGAGUUGAGUAAUGAUUUCAGGGAUCUAAUCUGAAUAAAUAUAACUCAUUUAGUGGUUGCUUUAAACCUCUCAGUUCAAAAUUAAUGAAUGUUGAUAAAAUCCUCUUUGUGUAUUUUCAUUUUAUCUAAUUUUUAAUUUUUUCCCCUGUGUGAUGGUAUUAUGUUCAUAGUUAUAAUUAAAGUAAAAUAUUUUAACAGCAAUUAUCUUAAACAUCACAGGUCUUUAUAGUCUUCAAUAAUACCGUAACAGAACCAGAGUAUUUAAUAAAUCUAGAGGAUAGAUAUUAUGAUAACUUUUAUGAUAACUUUUUUUCUAGUAGACAAACAACAUUUUAAUUUUAUUAUGUCUCCUAGAAAUGCAUAUUUCCUGUAAAUAUAAAAAAUUUUGAGCACUAGUCCUUAUCCUUCCCCUUGCACUUGUUUCAUCAGAUCAAUUUUUAUGUCAAGAAAAUUCUCUGAAACACCACUACUUUGUUAAUUUGAAUGCAUUUAUUUUGUAAUAAACAUUUACUUUAUAAAUAUGUAAAAUACAUCGAUAUUUAGAAAGCAGGUGAAUUGGCAGGUGAAUUACUGUGACGGUGAAUUGACUCCCCAAAGAGCAUUUCUUAGUUUGCCACUGGCCACUGUUCUGGUUCUAAAACUUCAUAUUUGGUAUCUCCUAUGGUAACAUUAUUUAAUACUUUCUUUUAGCAAACUGUUUUUCAACAGAAAUGUUUGAUUUACAAGACAAGUGUUUCUGAAAAGUCACAUGACAAAGUGAGAUGAGUUUAGCCAAACUAAAGAAAAUAAAUAUGUAAGCUUUGGAGCUACUCAGAAACUACUGUGCCCUUUUUGUUACUGCUUUACUUGCUUGCUUGUUUGUUGUAUUAAGGUAAGAGAAUCAGUUCUCCCUCCUCCCUCCACAGCACUAAAAGCAUGAUUACAAAAACAACAAGGAAAGAAGUCAACAAAAUGAGCUGUUAUCUAAUUGAUAUAAUUUUCAUUUUUUCAGAAAAGCUUCAUUCAAAAGUAGUUUGUAAACAAAAGACACAAAACACAGGAGGAUGCUGGCAUCCGUAUAAUAGUAAAGGGUGUGUGUUUCAAGUCUCUAGUUCCAAACAACAGGUUCAGCACUGGAUUGCACACCACUGCACAUUUGCUGAUUGACUGCCAAAAAAUAUUUUUGUCACUAGUAAAGCAACUUGAGCACAAAGGGACACACGUUUUGUUCUUUACAGAUUGUAGCAUUUUCUCACCAGCAAGCUCUCUAGGCCACUGGAAAAGCUAUGGAUACUUUGGGAAAUAUAUUCGUUGCUGAUAAAUUUUGAAGUAACUGCUCACUGGAGACAUGAUUUUUGACGUGUUUUUUCACAGCAUAUAGAGAGAGGAGAUGUUUGUGUCCAGAGAUAGCAUAAGUACAUGGCACUUACGCUCUGACAGGGAUUUGAAACAGUUAUGCAGCUUUGAAAGCAUUGAGGCAGGGUGAGACUGCCCUCGUAGUGUCAUUGCAGCAAUCUAGACACACGCUGGCCUCUCUGCAAAAGGAAUGUCACAUGGUCACCUGGGCUCUCUUUAUCUCUUUCAGUGCAAAAUUAAAUAAUCCAGUGAACCACAUUAAUGAGCACCUCAGCUUUGGUGGGAGCAAUAACCUCUGCAAUCAGAAUACUCACUAGAUUGUUGUCUCACAUUUCUUGGCGAGAUUUUUCACCAGGAUGGGACUUGCCUCGAGAUGAAGAUGUGCAAAGGUAGACACGUGCAUUUAGAUGCCUCCCUGUGGUUGGGAUGUCUAAUCUAUGAAACACUUGCAAAGCACCCCAGUGUUUUGGCCUGGGUAUCCAGCUACUACCACAAAGGACUUCAGAUCUUCCCUAAGUCCUGUGUCACAUUUUCUCUCUUCACGUAGAUAACCUCUGAUACCCUGGAGCAUCUUUAGUGGCACUGUCACUUAAAGUGUGUGCUUAGACAACUGAAUUGAGCAGUGGUAAUAGCAAGAGCUUAGAUAUACAGCUCACUGCCACAAACAUCCAUUUAAGUGUCUUAAUGUGAAAACUAAAUCCCCCCCUUUAUUAUCUGUUUUUUAGAGUACAAAAUCCUAGGUUUUAAUCCCUGCUCUUCAGACAAUUUCUGGUCUUGUCCAAUGACUGUCAGAUGUAGCUUGAGUAAACAUCACUGAGUUUUGUAAUAAAACAGGAUGACUGAGAGAGUCCCUGGAGGAUUUACAACUGGGUUACAAGAAACCAUCCUGCAUCUUGGACUUAAACUAAGUCUUAAAGUACUUACUUAAUAGGUAUGACCACAUCUAGCUUUUACCUAUCUGACCUCCAGAGAGGAAUACCAAACCCAUAGAAAGUAUCUGUGCUCUUUGCUGAGUGUAGGAUGUCUCAAAAGAACAAUCUCAAAAUCCCAUGUGCUGAGCAUAACACAUCGUAGAACUAAACAGAAAACACUUAAAAAAAAUAACUUGGCCUAAUCUGUCAUUGCUCCCCGGAGUGUGUCACCUGAGUUACACUUACAGUUUUAGAAUGGACAGUUCAAUGAUAUUUCUUUUGUCUUGCAGAUCCUUUUUGUAAAUAAAUGUACUUUGGAAUUUGGAAAAAUGAUAAGUUUUGCAAAUGCAAAUUGUUCAGCCUUAUAAAUACAAAUAUAUAUAUGCACAUAAAAUUAAAUUAUAUAUUUAUAUUGUUGAAUUAGCAGUGCUUAUUUAUUGGUAGCCUAAUAUCACUUUAUGAUUUUGUAGUUUGUUUUUCUUCCACAUUCUUAGAUUCCUGGGUGACUGUCUUUUCUGCCUGUCUCCAUCUGUUUUAAAAAGAAUUUUAUGGUAGAAUGUCUCUUUUUAUGAGAGUAGAAAAAUUAUGAGACAAGGAAAAUAAAUUUUUAUUCUAGUGCUGUUCAUUCACUGUUCUAUUCACUGAAGAAUUUUACAUGCCUAUUAAUGACAGCAGUGGGUGGGAUUUUGAAGUGAACUGUCUCAGGAUAUUUUUGUAAGCCUAAUUUGGAAUCUUUUCAUAAUAUGUUUGUCAUUUACUGAUUUUACAAGUUAUUGCUUAUAUAUGUUGGCAACA